CCAUCUCAGCCGAACAAGCGAUGUACUGUAUUUCAAAGGGCGAGGGGGUUAAAGCCCAACCGCUGUUAGGAGCCAUGCGGUCUUCACGGUCAUCUACCCCUCCCAUCUCGUCGCUCACGCCCCAGCCAUGCCAUCCCUCGUCCUGGCUACGAGCGACCCGCUCGCCACGCUGGCCGCCGCGUUGCUCCUCGCCGUAGUAGCACUCGCUCUUUUGGCCGCCGUGUAUCACGACCGACCCGCCUUCGUCCCAGCCCGCCCUGAAGUCCCCCAGCUCAAGCCAUCGUGGCCCCUCGUCGGAUCCUUGCCCCAUCUACUCGCCCUGCGUAAGCGCGGCGUCCGCUUCCUCGAUGAAAGCCUACGUCAGCAGAGAGAAGUCGCUCCUGGUGGGAAACCGUACACUAUGGCUCUCCCAGGCCGAUUCUUUGGCGGACGUAUCUAUGUCGUGAACAAUCCUGCCUACAUCAAGACGGUCCAAAAGGACGUCGAGCUAUGGCUCAAGGGCAAGGCAGUCCAGACGAUCAUCUCAGACUUCCUGGGCCCCCACGGCAUCUUCGUUUCUGACGGCGAUGUCUGGUACCACCAGCGCAAAUUGUCGUCGCACAUCUUCUCCAUCCAAUCCUUUCGUCAUGAAAUCCAGACAUCGGUGCUUGCUGACCUCCACAAGCUCGACGCCUUGUGCCAGGACUCGAUCGCGCAACGCAAGACUGUGGCGCUCCCUGACGUCUUUCAUCGCUUCACUCUCGAGGCCUUCACAAAGCUGGCCUUUGGCGUCGACCUCAACACGCUACCCGACAAUGUAGCCGGACUCGAGACGCAAGUCACUUUCGCAGCUUGCUUCGACUACUGUCAGUCGUUCGUCGAGCGCCGACCGUUCAGCCUCGUCCCAUUGUGGGCUGAGCGCUUCACUGCGCCCGGCCGCAAGUACCACGACAGCGUUCGCUACCUCUACGACUUUAGUCGCAGCCUCAUCGACCAGCGGUACGACGCGAGAGAAAAGGGGACAGCUGAGAGUGCCAGCAAGGGAGGUAAAGAUCUGCUGCAGCUCUUCAUCGAUGCUGGGUGCCCGCGUGGCGAUCUGCCGGCGGUCAUCUUGAACUUCAUGAUCGCAGGCCGCGACACGACGGCUCAAGCUCUCAGCUGGUUCAUGUUUGAAAUGUAUCUACACCCCGACAUCGCACAGCGCGUACGUCAAGAGAUCUGGACGAACCUGGGCCGAGCCCCUCAGCGUGACCUCGAGUACGAUGACUACAAGAAGCUACCCUACCUAAACGCCGCCUUCUAUGAAUCCAUCCGCCUUCACCCCAACGUACCUCUCACCCGCAAGCGCGCGGCCCGCGACACCGUGCUGCACCCAACGCUGGAUGAGGCCACGCUGCCCGGCAAGGACCUGCCCUCUCUGCCUGUCCGCAAGAAUGAGGCCGUACAGUUUUCCGACUACGUAAUUGCGAGGAUGCCAGAGGUGUGGGGAGAAGACUGCGAGGAGUUCAAGCCGGAGCGCUUCCUGAGUGAGGACGGAAGCCUCAAGCAGCACUCCAACUUCCUGUUUCGAGCUUUCAACUCGGGUCCACGACUAUGCCUGGGCAAGAAUUUGGCCACCUACGAGGGCAUGGCCGUCAUUGCCCACCUCCUUGGCAAGUGAGAGCGCCACCGAGCAGCACGACGCUAGUGUGCCGAGUUAUCAAGCUGACCUCGCGCCCGCGCGCGCACAGAUACGAGAUCGUCUACGACGACAACCAGAUGAAGACGAGCCCGCCUACCUUUACGCCCGCGUGAGUGCGACGAGUAGUUUCGUCAACGCUCGCGAUACUGACUCCGAUCCUGUCACGCGCCCAGCCUCACCCUUCCGUGCACGCCCUACUAUGUAUCAUUCAAGCCCCUCGACGACUGAGAAGGAACCCCUCCCGACGACGUAUAUGUAAU